GGCGAGUUUAUCUCCAGGGUAUUACAUUGAAAACUGAGCGCUCCACGUUCAGCAGAAGGAGGAAAGUGAGCUUGUAUCUGUUUUUUCAAAAAAAAAUAUCGUUCAUUUUUCUGUAUAAUGCGACUCGUGUUGCAUUGGAGCUGUCUUCUUGAUGCAUCAAUUUAAACAUGCAAUCUUAGACAUCGGCAAUGAAUCCUGGAUGCCCUCUGCAACUCAACACUCACGCCUGCGCCAUCAUCUAUCUAUAUUGCGUCGACAGUGCUUGUCUGUUGUUUUUUCUCUUUUGGGGAGUGGUGUCUUCAAUGCGAUACUUGGGAGCUCCAGAGUGGUUCUGAAGGAACGGCUGCAGCACCCGAUGAAGAUCUCUCCCCAGGGCAGGCGCAAGGAUCACCCGCUGCAGGAGGGCCUUUCAGUACCUUUGCGGAGGCGGAGCUAUGUCCUACUCCUUUUCCUACGUUGUUGGGUCGCAAAGUUACUCCCGUCCCGCCCGAUGAUCAUCAUGUCGAAAAAAUACCUCCUGCUGAACAGCCUUCACCUCGAGAGACGUCCGCAGGGCGGACAGCUCCAGCUCAAGUUUCUGAGGAGACCUCGAAAAACUUGCCGCAAGGAGGGUGCUGCGGCGAAGGAGAAGACGUCAAAGCCUACAUCGAGAAGAACAUGAAAGAGAAUACGUAUUAUUAUGGCGUUCUCAACUGUUACAUUCUCAGCAGUUACAUGAUUUGUCAUGCAAAAUAACCAUAAGCCGCCACACGAUCAAGGUGCUUCGCAUGACAAAUUCUCGAAGGGCUAAACACCACCUGAAUGCGCUCCAAAUUUGUAAUGCAAAGCGCGCAAUCUUCCCGCGUUCACUUUUGCUGUUCUUGCACGACAAAUUCAUGUAACAGUUGAGAAUGUGACAUUUGAGAAUCCCAUAAUUAUCAGCAUUCCGUUGGCACAGAUGUCUUCAAAUACCUUCCCUGUCAUACAACAAAGGCUGUUCGCGUUCGCCCAGACGAGGAUAUUCUGCCCGCCAACGAGCGUUCUGGUUACUGCACCGCCCGAAUACUUCGCACCGACGAGCAUUAUGAGCAAAAGUUGGAGGAUGUCAAGCAAGGGAGGUUACGAAAGCGAAGAGCAGUGCUGUCUCUACAACUACGAAACUUAUCGCGUUCGCGAAGGGAUUUUGGCAUUGUGGCGAGGAGUCAAAUAUAAGUCUAGUGCUCACGUUCAGUAGAAGAUAGAUGUUGCGCGAAUUAUGCGCGGCACGCUGAUCAUUUUUUUAACGUUUGGGCUUUAUCGUUAUCCUCAUCCAUGCGCAGGCAUGCCUGAAUGAGAAUGAUUUUCCAUGCAGAAACUCAUGACACCCGAAACGGUGGAAGUGUGUAUAACUUUCGCCACGCUCGUGAUCAUUUUAUUACUUUGGUCUCCAUCCCAGUGCCUGAAUUAGAACAGAAGUAAGCUCGAUGUCAUACAGAAUAAACCCAUCGCCAUCGCCGGAAUGUUUCCGUUUUCUCUCGUGCGCCGGAGAAUCUUUUUUGCGCAUGCACGUGCAUUGGAGUAGCUGUAGGCAGCGUUUUUUGUUUCCAUAAAAAUGCCCGCAGCUGUAUCAGCGUGGAUCAACGUCCCAAACCCCUGGCGUAGUCAAUUGCAGGCAGCUCGAACUAAGCGAAGUAGUGCUAUCGUGACGAGAAAAAUCCCCGUUCCCAGACUUCAAGGGAGUGAAGAAUCUAGGUCACUUUAAGGUUUCUAGAUUCAUUUGGCGCCGCAGAUCGACACGACAAGACUAGACAGCUUAGUAGAGUGGAAACAGUGCCUUGCCGAAUACGUAGUUAGUAGAAGACUUCUUACUGUCAUUGUACGUGUACGCUGCUGCGCACUCGUAUCAUCUACUUCAAGUUCUGCAAGAACUACCCUUAGUCUUACUCAUCUUCUGCAGCUAUACGGAUUGGGGCCAUCGCUGGAUGUUGAUGCAGGCAGGCUGCCAAAGUGAAAGUUGACCUAAACUGGUCCUCCACACUUGUAAAUGUUGUUUGCAGAUUCAGUUAGGGUCGCUCCAAUCAGCGCCAGGUCGCAACAAGUCUGCCAGCUCCCGCGAGGGACUGCAGAUGGUAGUUCCUGCAAAUGCUAGCUCCAGCCCGCUCCCCCGAGGGACUGCAAAUGGUACUUCCUGCCAACCCCCCCCCCCCCCCCCGCCCGGCAGUUCCUGCAAAUGGUAGAAUGCCUGGCUUUGAUGCGUCGGAGAAUUUGACGUCCAGUGCGACAUCGCCAACAGCAUGGGUGACAGGGCGUGAUGUACAUCACAAAUCAUGUCGCUGCUUGGCGGAGUUUCUUUGAGUAUGGGACAGGGAUUUUUCAUUUGAAUAAUUCGGCAAAGUUUUGAGCCUCAGUUACAGUUUCGGCCAGGGGGGUUGCGCAUGCGUAUCGGACAAGGACCAGGGCCAGCACGAUCCUUCCCGCGUCGGCCACGAACCCGGCUCCUAUGACCCCUCCAGCGACCCGCCCGAGGAUAAUCGUGAUGGGCAGACUCAUGAUCCUGCGCCCCUGCGCCUGCUGGAGCUGGACGAGGCCAGCAUCGGCGAAGUCCCAUCCCCAGACCCAAGCCAAGUACUAAGACCAAGCGAGCAUUUCCCGAUCAAGAAGCAGGAGCUCGACCGCGACCCUGCCUUGAAAGCUGUCACGUAUUACGACCACUCGGAAAUCACGGACGUAUUCCACUUGCCGUGCAGCUGGAGAGACGAAAAGAUAGAAUAUCCGAAAUAUUUUUGUUACUACGCAGUCCCACGUGACACGGAGCAUGAUUCGGUUCGCGAAUAUGUAGCUGAGAGAGGUCUGUGCCCACAUACAAAGGCUCUGCCAAACGCUGAACACUUCGCGAAAUAUCAUUAUCAGCGCUGCGAAUGGACACCGUACGGCGCAGUAAGGGACGGCGUUUCUGCAGCGGCUGCGGUAGCGGGGGCCAUACCUUCUGAAAAUGGUGGGAGCUGUGUAUGUGUCCCCGAUGUUCCUAUCUUUGGUCCUGCAGAUUCACUGGGCCCAAACCCCCCUAAGGGUUCGGCGGGGGGCGGCGGCCACGUACUCGCCAUCGUGGGGCGUACUUAAUGUCGAUUCUGGGCAGAGCAGCCGCAGCGCUCCAGACAGCGCUGGGUUUUUUUCCACGCCACAAAGGACUGCGCGUUUUCAAAAUAGUUUAUAGUGUUUCCGCAAUGUUGUAGUUGUUCUGUUGUCGUACUACAACUCAUAUUAAUAUCACUCCAUCUUGAUCAUCUGGAUCUGCGCAUGAAGAUGAACGCACGCUCGUGGCGAUACCAGGGAGCAUGCAGAUUCAGAAAUUUGUCUAAUUCCGUUGCAACUUCUGUCGCACGAGAACGCAUCACAAAACUAAACCCUUUUCAUCUUCUAACGAGGUAGUAGCACAAUAUCAUGUGGC